GCGAGAAAAAGGGAAAUCGACGCACUGUUUUAUUACGAAAAACAGUUUUUAGCAGUGCUGUGAGAGGAGCAGCGGGGAGGAUGUCGACAUAUUAUUGACUCGUGUUCGGUGUCCUGUCGUCGAGACGAGUGAACAACCCCGUGUGUUUUCUUCUGACACUGCAGCAGUGAGAAUGACGGAAUAUAAGUUAGUGGUGGUAGGUGCAGGUGGCGUGGGCAAGAGUGCUCUGACCAUCCAGCUCAUCCAGAACCAUUUUGUUGAUGAAUAUGACCCAACCAUUGAGGACUCAUACAGGAAGCAGGUGGUGAUUGAUGGAGAGACAUGUUUGUUGGAUAUCCUGGAUACUGCAGGUCAGGAAGAGUACAGUGCAAUGAGAGACCAGUACAUGAGGACCGGAGAAGGCUUUCUCUGUGUCUUUGCCAUCAACAAUUCCAAGUCUUUUGAGGACAUUCAUCAGUACCGGGAACAGAUUAAGAGGGUCAAAGACUCUGAUGAUGUGCCUAUGGUGCUUGUGGGCAAUAAAUGUGACCUGCCAACACGCACUGUGGACACGAGGCAAGCCCAGGAACUGGCCCGUAGCUAUGGUAUUCCCUACAUUGAAACCUCAGCCAAGACAAGACAGGGAGUGGAAGAUGCCUUCUAUACACUUGUCCGUGAGAUCAGGCAGCACAAGUUGAGGAAACUGAACCCGCCAGAUGACAACGGUCAAGACUGUAUGAGUUGUCGCUGUGUGGUGUCAUGAUCUGUGAAUGUGCAUCACAUGGCUAUUAAAGCAGUGCCUGCCAGACCACAAAAGCUGCAACACCUUCACAGAUGCUGGAUGUUAGAGCAGACUGUGUAAAAGGGAAAUCUUUAUUCUGGCACCCCUGCGGUCUUCUUAGGGAUGUCCCUGUCUCUCUCCUUCAUUGGGGAUGAAAGAAGUUGUACCUCAUUUUAAUGGUCUGAACACUGGAUUGGCUAGGACUGGAUGAAAAGAUGCCACAAAUAUAUUAUCAUUAAACAAACUAUCUCCUCGUAACUGGAAGUGAUAGCUCAGAAAAUAACCUCUCAAAUUGCUGUGGAUGUUAGGAAAAAGACCUAAAAUUAGCAUAUGGAGAGGAGAAUUGCUGCAUCAAUUAGGAGAAAAAAAUGUAUUGCCAUGUGCUUAAAGGAAGUCUAACCUAAUAAAUUGUACAUAGUUAAUGUUGUUCUCUUGCAAAGAGGACAUAUUUUAAAAUGCAGUGUGUUUAUCACAGAUAAUGGUGCAAUAGAUUGUGAUGUUGAUUUAAAGGUACACCUCUGAUAAGUCUUUGAUUUGCACAUAUAGGAUAAUGUUUUAAAGUGGAGGACACACUCGCCUUUACACUUUGUUAGCCUUUGGUUUUGAAUGGCCCUAAAGUGUCUUUGAAUUAUGGCUUGAUUAAAUAUCCAGAUGUGAUGAUUUUAAAUGACUCUACUGGACAAGUGCACAGUUUGCAUAUAACUGAAUCAACGACAGAUUAAUGAAGGUCUUACUAAAGGUACGCUCAUUAAAAAAGUUUUAAUUGUAAAGAAGUGAAUAGUAAUUUUGAAACGUAAAUAUAUAAAAUCAUGAUCACUCAUGUGAGAUGAAGACUACAGUCAUAUCAGGAACCUUAUAAAUGCUGUAUUGUUCUACAUUGAGAGGGUCCCAUAAUCAUGGGGGCUGCCAUGCCAGAAUCACAUGACCAGCCGAAUACUACAUGCUUAAUCACUAAUUGCCCUGUUAUUGGAUACUUUCACUCUUGGGAUAAAUUAAUCAUGGAUGACUGUAAAUACUGAAUUUCUAUAAAUGUAUCAGUAACUGAAAACUAUUAUGUUUAAAUGACGAUGUAUCCAUGCCCCAUGGUGUCAGUGUAUGUCUGAGAUGACAUAAACAAAAUUACUGAGUGCACCAUUGAAGAAAAACACUAUUUAUUGGAAAACUAGCGCAAACCAACUAUAUCCUUAAAAGCUUUGACUGAAAUGAUUUCGGCAAUGUUCUUGCCUACCACUGUGAGUUUUCAAUGCUCAGGACAUAAGUUUGAAACUUUUAAACAUUACAUGUCCAGUAUAAUUUUGUCAAUUGCAUUCUUUCUCUUAUGCCUUUCAGUGGUGAUUCCUUCUUGUUAAAUACAUGAAAUUCAAAUGAUGAUAUGGGGGGGUUAUAUCUCCAUACCUCUAUCAGACACCCUAUUACUUGCAUUAAACCAUUACUGUAAAUAUUCAUAUAAAAAAACAUUCUGUCUAUAGUCACGUAAGCAUAUGUGCUAUGUUCACCAGCACAUGUGGUGUCAUUGCAGUGAGGAACAACAGUCUGGACUUUUUCUUUUGUGACUGCUAAAAAUCGGAGAGUUGUAGAUAUUAAAUCCCAACAUAGACCUUCUAAUUAUUCAUGUGAAUCAGACAAACUUAAAACAUGUCUUUGACUACCUGUGGGUGUCUUCUCUUUCUGGCUAAAAUUUAGAUGAUGGUUGGUCUCUGCAUUCAUUCAUCAUGGCUGUAAUCACAAUAUAGUAUGAAACCUUACCUUGAA